AUGAUGAUGUACAGGCUAGCCACUGCAUCCGAUGAACAGCAAAUCGACAGAAUUUGCAAUCACCUACAAAGCCGCACGAACCUUACUCAUCUGGCUUUCACUACCCAAUCUUUCCACGUGUCAACGCAUCUCGCAUCCUAUAAUCUACUGGACGAGGAUGACCCAGUAGAGAAUCAAAUCACGAGACGGUAUUUUCAGUUGGCGCGCAGGCUUGUAGAGGCUAGCCCACGACUGCAACAUGUGGUCAUUAUGGACGAGUGGCCUUAUCACUACUCUGCUAUAAAGGACGAUUUUGGAGUGGUAAGAACUGAUAAGAAGGAUGGCCGCGAUGUUACCGCAUUGUCCAGUUUCCCUCACGGGCUCUGGCCUUAG